AACGCCGAUGCGUCAAACACUCACAGAGCUAUAAAUACGGCUGCGCGCAGCGCACAGUUAGACAUCUUCCCCCCAAAUCAAACGACGGGCACAGCGGAGCAGCAACCGCGUGGAAUCCGGCGUUUUCAUCUGCACUUCCUCUGCGGCUCAUUUCCCACGUUUGUAUCCAGAUCAUGCCUUCAAUGCGCGGACUGCCUGUGCAGCACGUCGUGGUGGCAGCUGUGUGCUCCGCGCUCCUUACUGUGACGCUGGGGUCCCCGGUGGUGGGGCCAGAACCGAUCCGGUGCGCGCCGUGCUCUCCGGAGAGGCUGAGCCAGUGUCCUGCGGUGGCGCCCGGGUGCGCCGAGGUGCUGCGGGAGCCCGGCUGCGGAUGCUGCCUCGCAUGCGCCCUGAAGGCAGGCGAGCUGUGCGGGAUCUACACGGCGCCGUGCGGCUCCGGGCUGCGGUGCGCCCCGAGACCCGACGACCCGCGGCCGCUGCACGCCCUCACCCGCGGACAGGCCGUGUGCACGGAGAGCUCCGCGCCGCAGCCCACCUCCGAGCCUGAGGCACAAGAUCAGGAAGAGCCAGAGCCGGAGAUGGACAACUCAGCCAUCAUCUCGGACCCCGGCUCCAGCCACUACCUCCCGGGUUUCAGCAAGCCCCACGACGCGCGGGUUCUGGCCGACGUUCAGGAGAGCAUGAAAGCCAAACUCAUUGCCAUCCGCAGGAAGCUGGUGGAGCAGGGUCCCUGCCACCUGGAGCUGCAGACAGCUUUAGACAGGAUUGCCAAAUCCCAGCAGAAAUUAGGGGAGAAGUUAACCAGAUUCUACCUCCCGAACUGCGACAAGCACGGCCUUUACAAACCCAAGCAGUGCGAGUCGUCUCUGGACGGACAGAGGGGUCGAUGUUGGUGCGUGAACUCCUGGAACGGGAAGAAACUUUUAGGUUCCACCGACCUGCCUGCAGAUGCCGAGUGCCCUUAAAGACCGACCUGAAGCAGAUCUCAGAAGAAGAAACAAGCCACUGAUUUUUCUUUUUCUUUUUGGUAGCUGUUUAUUUAUUGAUCUCGUCCAUGGUGGUGUUUAAUUCAGGUACACUGUCAUUGUGGGACAAUGGGCCCCAACCACCCUGAACCCCCCCUCAGCCCCCCUUCAAUCCCUGUCCCAAAGAGAAAACUAUUUUUUAUUUUGCUG